AUGUAUUCAGUGCCUUCCGGGGGACCCCCAACGUUUUCAGAAGUCACUUCAAGCAAAUCAUCUCUGCAAGCAGGUUGGGCCUUAAGCAAACCGAGAAGUAGCGUUAGAUUUUCGCCAAAGGUCAAAGAAUACCUAACAGCACGUUUCACAAUAGGAGAAAGAACAGGGCGUAAGGCUGACCCCGGCCAGGUUGCAACAGACAUGCGAAAUGCAAAAAAAUGAGUCUAAUGAACGCCUGUUUACUAGAUCUGAGUGGCUUUCAAAGAACCAAGUUCAGAGCUUUUUUUCGCGGAUGGCAGCAGCAUGUCGUAAAGAGCAGGGUGUUUCCGGCUUGUCAACGGAAAAGGAGGAAGACAUACAGUGCUUACAGUAA